UAAGUUUGUAUUAAUCUGAAGUUUGAAUUUAAGAAAAGAAGAAGAAGAAGAUAGAGAUGGCUCUCUCUUUCUCUAACGUUAAGCUUUUCUCUACUUUCUCCGUCAAUAGAAUCUCUAACGUUAUCUCCAGACGAGGAUAUGCGACGGCGUCACAAGGGAUUGUGCUGAGUGGAAUAAUUAGAGGAGGAGGAGCAGGGAGGAGCGCCACGGCGGCGGUGAAGGAAGAGAUGGUAGGAGGAGCUAAAGAGAAGGUUUCAUGGGUACCCGACCCGGUUACCGGAUGCUACAGACCCGAGAACUCUGUCAAGGAGAUCGACGUGGCCGAGCUCAGAGCUAUGCUGUUGAAGAAGAAGUGAAUAAACAAAGAAAACACCAUAUCGCAGUUAUCACCGGAUCAUCUAAUGACAUCUAAGGAGUCACAUUCACUUUAUUAUUGAAUAGUUUAUUUUAAAUUUACUGCAAACGUAAUCCAUUUUUAUCGAUGUUAAAUUACAAUUUGGUAUUU